AUGGUGGACAGCAUAAGGCUCCAGCCUCCUGGUGAACAGCGCAGACUCCUCCGCUACCUCAUGGGCAGCAGCCACCCCCCUCUGCCCAGGAGCGUGGCAGCAAGCCCUCCGUCCCCCCUCAUUUUUAAUCGCUCCAGUACCACCACAUCAGGCAGCAACUGGCUGUCUCCGCUUCUUCCAGCUGCCCAACCUCCUAAGCACCACGAUCCUUCUCAGUGGCGAUGGCUCUCUGACAAAAGACCAAAAGCCAAAGUGAGCGUUAAACCUGAUCAUCGUGUAUUCAGAGGAGAGACAGUCACUCUCAGAUGUGACAUUGAUGGUGAAGGAGUCACUAGCUGGCGGUAUGUCUGGUAUAAAUACAGUGCAUUCUACAGCUCCAGUGAACUACAGGAACACACAUUCAGUUCUGUUACUGAGUCUGACGCAGGUAAAUACUCCUGUUAUGGAGCAGAGAGAGGAGGAUCACGAACAUCAGACAUCAAUGAUGAAGUUACACUGACAGUAUCAGAUAGAGCCCAGGCAGGUUUAAGUGUUUCUCCACAGAAGUGGUUGACUGAAGGAGAUUCAGUGACUCUGAUCUGUGAGGUUUAUGGCUCCUCUACAGGCUGGACAUUCAGCUGGUUCACUGUAACUGCUUUAUCAGACAACAAAUAUCAUUAUCAGCUGCUCUCAGGCAGCAGCAGAGGAGCUGGAGGAAACUACAUUGUCAGUUAUGCUGCUCUAAAACACACAGGAGUUUAUGUGUGCAGAGCAGAGAGAGGAAAACCAGCAUAUAACACAACCUACAGCAACACACAGCCAGUAUGGGUCACUGGUGUUUCUCCUCCAGUCUCUCUGGUCAUCAGUCCCAGCAGAACUCAACACUUCACAUCUGUCUCUCUCUCUCUGAGCUGUGAGGACCAGAGUAACUCUGAUAGAUGGAGAGUGAGAAGAUACACAGAUAGUAGACAGUGGGAAGAUUGUUCAUCAUCAGUGUGGGGAUCAGAAACAGGAUCUUCAUGUACAAUCAACUCCACCAUCACAUCAGACACUGGAGUGUACUGGUGUCAGUCUCAAUCUGGAGAGAAAUAUCACCCUGUUAAUAUCACUGUACACUAUGGUGUGAUUCUGGAGAGUCCUGUUCAUCCUGUGACUGAAGGAGAUACUAUGACUCUACGCUGUUUAUAUCAACAUUCAACUCCAUCAAACCUCAGAGCUGAUUUCUAUAAAGAUGGAUCACUCAUUCAGAGUCAAACUACAGAGAUGAUCAUCUAUAAUGUCUCAAAGUCACAUGAGGGUUUCUACUACUGCAAACACUCAGAGAGAGGAGAGUCACCCAAGAGCUGGAUCUCACUCAAAGCAGCCUCAAGAUCUGAUUAUUUAAAUCCUGUGAUAAUUGGAGUCUCUGCAGGACUGACCGUCACAUUUUUGAUCAUUGUCCUAUUGGUCCUUUUGUGGUGCUACAGAAACAAGAAAGGUGUAAGAUCUCAGUCUCCCUCUAGUGUUGGUCAACAGCAGAACAGCAGUCAGACAUCAGAGCAGAACCAGAGUGACCCGGGAAACAACACACUGCUGUCUGGAACUGCUCAUAUUUAUGAUUCUGUUGAUGCAACCAUUAAGAAAGACAUAAGUACAGACAGUAAAAUUGGGCCUAAUGAUCUCACCUAUGCUGAGAUUGAACACAAAUCUACUAAAAAACAGAUGGAAAAGAAAGAAAACAAAGGGAAAAACACUGAGAGUUGUGACAUCGUUUACUCUAAACUGAAGUUGGAAAUGGAUCAAGGUGCUGGAUCUGGUGAUGUGACGUAUGCUCAGGUUAAAUAAAUGCCUGGAGGAGAAACUUUCAAUCCAAGGGUACUGAUGAGUUUAGGUUGAGAAGGGCUAGAGAAUGACCAGGAUCAUCAAUGCUUUAUCAUCUUUGUGUUAUUGAGCACUUGAUGGCAAUGUAUUUAACAAUACUUAAUAUAUAUGAGUGAUGCUUCCUUCAUGUGCUGAUUAAAGGAAACAGAACAUUUUCAUUUAUUUCUGCACAGUAUAAAAAUAUGACCCAAUGUUUUGUUGAUAUGAAUUUUCCCAGGUGUUUUACCCAUAUUUUGAAUUUAAAUUUGCAUUCCAUUGCUUUGCUUGUGUUAUUAUGUGUGUGUGUGUGUGUGUGUGUGUGUGUGUGUGUGUGUGUGUGUGUGUGUGUGUGUGUGUGUGUGUGUGUGCGCGCACGUGCGUGCGUGCAUGUGUGUUAAAUAUUGCAGUUUAGAUGUUUUUGAUGUAGUUGGACUGUAGGUUUACUUUGGGCAUUUGGAACCAAAGCUUGCAUCUUUACAACUGUAAUUGUCUGUGUGUACUUAUGAUUUAUAUUAGCUGUGUUUUAAAAAUAAACAUAUAUUAAACAUACAUUAAACGGUGUGUUUACACUGGAGUGGACUGAGUGGAGCAGAGUGGGCAUUUUUCAAUUGAUUCCUAUGAAAGUCAUUGCUCACACAGUGAAUU